AUGAAUCAAGAUGAGAAAUAUGAUGUGAUUCCCGAAAUAUGGGAAGGUCACAACAUUUCAGAUUAUAUCGACCCUGAAAUCAUGAAGGUGAGUGGGGCGUGAAACCUCCGUAGUUAUUGAUGACCAGUAUGGAAAGGAUGUACUGUUCUGCCACUAUAGCCGCCAACUGACUGAAAAAGGGUUAACAUCUCUCUCAUGCCCGUACAGAACCUGGAGGAUCUGGAGAAGGAGGAGGAGCUGAAAGAGAAGGCAGGGGAGUACGAGACUGAUGAGGAGAGCGAGGAUGAGGAGAUGCAGGAGAUCCGCCAGCUGGCCAAACAGAUCAGAGAGAAGAGGAAGCUGAAGAUCGUGUGCUCUAAAGACAAGGAUGUGCAUGGCCCCAGACUACCCAGAACUGUCAAGAAGGUGACGUGGAUGGUCAUCUUGUUUAUAUGAAUAUAACUUUGGCUGUAAAACAAGAUUAACUGUAAGUCUAUUUUUUACAUUUACAGGUUGAAAGAAAAACUCUGGAGAAAGAAAUGGGAGACCUUGGUCUGGACAUGACUGGAAAAGAUGACGUAAGUUGCUUUUCAUUUAGUUCUGUUUAUGUCAAAUACAAUGUCUUUGUACGUGAUACAGAUGUUAUACUGUAGUGUAUUCACACAUUUCUGCUCAUGUCCUUUCAGAGCCACUAUGCAGUGAAUGCCCGUAGAUCCCGGAGUGUUGGUGUUGCCAAGAAACGCAAGCGUGAGGCGUCCAUAGCUCCCACCUCUCGAACUCGCAGCCAGAGCGCCUCUCGUCCCCCACGCGACCAAUCUGGUGUUCGUGAUCCUAAGGUUUGUGAUGUAGGCUAUUUAGAGAGUUGGGCCAAUGCGGUUUCUUCAUUAUGAUGCAUUUACCUGACACUUCAACAUUCUAUGGCAGCCAUGUUAGCUCCCCAUUACGAUUACAUGGGGGAUGUAAAAAAAAAUACUAUAGAACUGAAUGUCUAGAAUGAGCAUUAUAAUGCAUUUACAUCACACUACAACAUUAUAUGGCAGCCAUGUUAUCUCCACAUUAACAUUACAUGGGGGAAUAUUUAAACAGUGCUAUGUAACUAAAUGUAUAGAAUUAGAACAAUAUUCUAAAAGUUGGCCUAACUCUUUAAAUAUAUGGCUCUGGGCUACUCCAUCUUUUCCUGUCAUCAGGUGAAAUGGGUUGUAUUAAAAAUAUGCAAAAUGCAUAUUGGGAAAGUUUUUGUCCCCUGACUUAAAGAAACAUAAGCUUAGGAGAUGUUAUGAUUGUGUGUGUCUGAAGUGGCACCCUAUUAUGGGCCCAGGUCAAAAGUACUGCUCUAUAUAGGGAUAUGAGUGACAUUUGGGACACAACCUGUGUUUUGCUGAGGAUUUACUGAAAGUAUAUUUUCCUGUAUAGAUGGCGAAGAAGGCCAAGAAGUUGAUGAAGAGCCAACAGAAGGACAUGAACCGCCAGGGGAAGAAGGGAGAGGCAGACAGACAUGUAUUCGACCUCAAGCCAAAACAUCUUUUCUCUGGCAAGAGAAAGUCCGGAACCAACGAUCACAGAUAAAGGCAUUGAUGGAUGCAAUUGACCUUUUUCAGUCUAAUCCAGUUUCUGUCGGAAUUGUGUACCUUUUCUCUGGA